AUGUACGAGCAGAUGUGGGGAAAGAUUGCCACGAACCGGCACGAUCCACGACCAGCCCGCGCAGCGCUCUACUUCAACCUGAUCAUGGCUUCCACGAAAGGUUACCGGGGCAGAAGCAUUGUUGGUUAUUUGAUGUUAGCACUGGCCUCAACCAAUCAAAGUCCCCAUUUGGAGCUUAUCCAGAAUGGGUCGGUUGAGCAGCAAAAGUCCGUACUCAAAGCCUGUCGGGACCUUGAGAACAAUAUUGAAAAUGAUAGUCUGGGUUUUGUAGAAUUCCGUAAACGGCCGUGGAUCUUGGAGUUUGAUCGGAUAUCUUCAUAUGCAUUUGAUGAAGACGACGAAAGGAAAAUGGAGGAAAAAGAGAGGGGAGGUCAUCUUCAAUCUGGCUAG